UCCCUCGCCUGGCGUUGCAGGCGCAGCCACCGCCAGCCAGGGGCGCGUAGCUUGCGAAGUCCGCCAGGCUCUUUGGGUUCGCAGGUGGUCCGGCGGCGAUGGAGCCGGAGCCCACGGCGCCCUCCGCUGGAGCCCCGAGACCGGCAAGGCCCGGGGAGACGCCUCCAGCCGCCGCGCUAGCCACUGCCGGGGUCGACCUGCCCGGCACGGCCGUGCCUUCGGCACCGGAGGAUGCUGCGAUUGCGAGCCGGGGCGGCGGUAGGGUCCUUGGUGAGGGCGUCGCGGCGGCCGGGGACGGACUGGGAAGACCUUUGGGGCCCACCCCGAGCCAGAGCCGCUUCCAGGUGGACCUAGUCUCUGAGAGUGUUGGGCGGGCGGCUGCGGCAGCGGCAGAGGCUGCCGAGGCGGGUGCCAAGGAGACCCUCGCAUCCGAAAAAGCCAGUGGCGGGAGCGGGCCGACUAAGGGCAGCGAGGAAGCCAAGGGUCGCUUCCGUGUGAACUUCGUAGAUCCGGCUGCCUCCUCCUCGGCAGAUGAGAGCCUGUCGGAUGCGGCGGGGGUCUUAGGUGACGGACCCAACGUGAGCUUCCAGAACGGCGGGGACACGGUGCUGAGUGAGGGCAGCAGCCUGCACUCGGGCGGAGGCGGCGGUGGCGGCGGCAGCGGCAGUGGCAGUGGGCACCACCACCACUACUACUAUGACACUCACACCAACACUUACUACCUGCGCACCUUCGGCCACAACACCAUGGACGCCGUGCCAAGGAUCGACCACUACCGGCAUACGGCUGCGCAGCUGGGCGAGAAGCUGCUUCGGCCCAGCCUGGCGGAGCUCCACGACGAGCUGGAAAAGGAACCUUUUGAGGAUGGCUUUGCAAAUGGAGAGGAAAGUACUCCAACUAGAGAUGCUGUGGUCACAUAUACUGCAGAAAGUAAAGGAGUAGUGAAGUUUGGCUGGAUCAAGGGUGUAUUAGUUCGUUGUAUGUUAAAUAUUUGGGGUGUGAUGCUCUUUAUUAGAUUAUCAUGGAUUGUUGGUCAAGCUGGAAUAGGUUUGUCGGUCCUUGUAAUAAUGAUGGCCACUGUUGUGACAACUAUCACAGGAUUGUCUACAUCAGCAAUAGCUACAAAUGGAUUUGUAAGAGGAGGAGGAGCAUAUUAUUUAAUAUCUAGAAGUUUAGGGCCAGAAUUCGGUGGUGCAAUUGGCCUGAUCUUCGCCUUUGCUAAUGCUGUUGCAGUUGCUAUGUAUGUGGUUGGAUUUGCAGAAACUGUGGUUGAGUUGCUUAAGGAACAUUCUAUACUUAUGAUAGAUGAAAUCAAUGAUAUACGAAUUAUUGGAGCCAUUACGGUAGUGAUACUUUUAGGUAUCUCAGUAGCUGGAAUGGAAUGGGAAGCAAAAGCUCAAAUUGUUCUUUUGGUGAUUUUACUACUUGCUAUUGCUGAUUUCAUCAUAGGAACAUUUAUCCCAUUGGAAAACAAGAAGCCCAAAGGUUUUUUUGGUUAUAAAUCAGAAAUAUUUAAUGAGAACUUUGGGCCAGAUUUUAGAGAGGAAGAGACUUUCUUUUCUGUAUUUGCCAUCUUUUUUCCUGCUGCAACUGGUAUUCUGGCUGGAGCAAAUAUCUCAGGUGAUCUUGCAGAUCCUCAGUCAGCCAUACCCAAAGGAACCCUUUUAGCCAUUUUAAUUACUACGAUGGUUUACGUAGGAAUUGCAGUAUCUGUAGGUUCUUGUGUUGUUCGGGAUGCCACUGGGAACAUGAAUGAUACUAUUGUGGCAGAGUUAACAAACUGUACUUCUGCAGCCUGCAAAUUAAACUUUGACUUUUCAUCUUGUGAAAGCAGUCCAUGUUCUUAUGGUCUAAUGAACAACUUCCAGGUAAUGAGCAUGGUGUCAGGAUUUGCACCAUUAAUCUCUGCAGGAAUCUUUUCAGCUACUCUUUCUUCUGCAUUAGCAUCCCUUGUGAGUGCUCCUAAAAUAUUUCAGGCUCUAUGUAAGGACAACAUCUACCCAGCUUUCCAGAUGUUUGCUAAAGGUUAUGGGAAGAAUAAUGAGCCUCUUCGUGGUUACAUCUUAACAUUUUUAAUUGCACUUGGAUUCAUCCUAAUUGCCGAACUGAAUGUUAUUGCUCCGAUUAUCUCUAACUUCUUCCUAGCAUCAUAUGCAUUGAUCAAUUUUUCAGUAUUCCAUGCAUCUCUUGCAAAAUCUCCAGGAUGGCGCCCUGCAUUCAAAUACUACAACAUGUGGAUAUCACUUCUUGGAGCAAUCCUUUGUUGCAUAGUAAUGUUCGUCAUCAACUGGUGGGCAGCAUUGCUUACAUAUGUUAUAGUCCUUGGGCUGUAUAUUUAUGUCACCUACAAAAAACCAGAUGUGAACUGGGGAUCCUCUACACAAGCUCUGACCUAUCUGAGUGCUUUGCAGCAUUCGAUUCGUCUUUCUGGAGUGGAAGACCAUGUGAAAAACUUUAGGCCACAGUGUCUUGUUAUGACAGGUGCUCCAAACUCACGACCAGCUUUACUUCAUCUAGUUCAUGAUUUCACAAAAAAUGUUGGUUUGAUGAUCUGUGGUCAUGUACAUAUGGGCCCUCGAAGACAAGCCAUGAAAGAGAUGUCCAUUGAUCAAGCCAGAUAUCAGCGAUGGCUUAUUAAAAACAAAAUGAAGGCAUUUUAUGCUCCAGUACAUGCAGAUGACUUGAGAGAAGGUGCCCAGUAUUUGAUGCAGGCUGCUGGUCUUGGUCGUAUGAAACCAAACACACUUGUCCUUGGAUUUAAGAAAGAUUGGUUACAAGCAGAUAUGAGGGAUGUGGAUAUGUAUAUAAAUUUAUUUCAUGAUGCCUUUGACAUCCAGUAUGGAGUGGUGGUUAUCCGCUUAAAGGAAGGUCUGGAUAUAUCUCAUCUUCAAGGACAAGAAGAAUUAUUGUCAUCCCAAGAGAAAUCUCCUGGUGCCAAGGAUGUGGUACUAAGUGUGGAAUAUAGUAAAACAUCAGAUUUGGAUACUUCCAAACAGUCUAGUGAAAAAACUGUUAAACAUAAAGAAUCCAAAGGCCCUGUUGUGCCUUUAAAUGUGGCUGACCAAAAGCUUCUCGAAGCUAGUAUACAGUUUCAGAAAAAACAAGGAAAGAAUACUAUUGAUGUCUGGUGGCUUUUUGAUGAUGGAGGUUUGACCUUAUUGAUACCUUAUCUUCUGACUACAAAGAAAAAAUGGAAAGACUGUAAGAUUAGAGUAUUCAUUGGAGGAAAAAUAAAUAGAAUAGACCACGACCGGAGAGCGAUGGCUACUUUGCUUAGCAAGUUCCGGAUAGACUUCUCUGACAUCAUGGUCCUAGGAGAUAUUAAUACCAAACCAAAGAAGGAAAAUAUUGUAGCUUUUGAUGAAAUGAUUGAACCAUACAGACUUCAUGAAGAUGAUAAAGAACAAGAUAUUGCAGAUAAAAUGAAAGAUGAUGAACCGUGGCUAAUAACAGAUAAUGAGCUUGAACUUUAUAAGACCAAGACAUACCGGCAGAUCAGGUUAAAUGAAUUAUUAAAAGAACAUUCAAGCACCGCUAACAUUAUUGUCAUGAGUCUCCCAGUUGCACGAAAAGGUGCUGUGUCUAGUGCCCUCUACAUGGCAUGGUUAGAAGCCCUCUCUAAGGACCUACCACCAAUCCUCCUGGUCCGCGGGAAUCAUCAGAGUGUCCUUACCUUCUACUCAUAAAUACCCUUUAUACAUGGACAGCCUAGUGCCUAGUGAAAACUGAAAUCUUCAAUGACAUGUUAACAUCAUAAUGGCGAACUGUGACUUUUCUUUUCACUAUUUCAUUGAUUUGAAAGCACACAGGAAGUUGCUUCAUUGAUGUGUUUAUGGAGACUUCAGUUUUAGUCAAUUCCGUAUCAAUUUUAAUGAAUGAGGAUUCCUUGUUGGACUGAAGUUCAUGAGAGUAAAGUUUUCCUUUGCUACUUGAAUAGCAAUAAAAGUGUGUUAUUUUUUUGAUGGAUGGAAGGAGUACAAAAAGCCUUUAGCCUUGAGGUGCCUUCUGAAAUUAACCAAAUUUCAUCCAUAUAUCCUCUUUUAUAAAUUUAUACAAUGUCAAACAUUGCCUUCAGGUAUUUUUGUUUCUAGUCUCUUUCACCUUAAAAUAAAAUAGAUAACUACUUUUCUUUUCCACUGACCAAUUAGUGUUGAGUACUGUAUGUUUUCUGUUACAUUUGUAAAGGUAUCUGUUGGAUGUUAAAGAUGAGAUUUAGGGCAAUUAAUGAAAAAUGAAAAAAAAAAACAAACCCAAAAAGUGGCCUUGAAAGCUAGGUUUAUAUACGUAUGUAUAAAUGUAGACCUAGGAAAAAAAGGCCCACCAGUAUAACUUCUUAUUUUUUUCCUCUCAUUGGCUCUUAUUUGUAUCUUUUUUUUAUAAUUGUUUCUCAAAACAUUAGGGAAGGUUGAAGAGGUAUCCAGUAUUUCUAUAUACCUUUCUGAGAAGAAAGUCACGUUACUCUUUGAACAAAUCCUCAACGUCAUUUGAAUUUAUUAGGAGAGGUGUAUCCUAAUUAAGAGUUUCCCUCACAUCUAAGAGACUUUUAAGAAAUGCUGACAGAUUUUUCUAGAAGAAAUUUAGACACAACAGCAUCAUUUAAUAAACCUAUUUCAAUAAACACUAAAUGGAAUUUCACUAUAUUGUACCAUCCUUUAUAAAUCAUUAAAAUUUUUUUUUUUUUUUAAAUCAAAUGGUUAAGUGGACCACUGAUUUCUUAGUGAAAUGUUUUUAGGCUUAAUUCAUUCAAUUUUCAAGUACACUUAGUCUUAAUAUACUCAGGUUUGAACAGAUUAUUCUGAACAUUUAAAUUUAAUCCAUUCUUAAUACUUUAAAACUUUUGUGUUAAGAAAAACUGCCAGUUUGUGCUUUUGAAUUGUCUGUUUUGACAUCAUUGUCUACUAGUACAGUUUCAACAGUGCACAUGCACUGUUACUACAAGCUUUAUACACAGUUAUUAAUGUGAAGUUUUUCAUUUUUUUAUUCAAGGAAGGAUUUCCUAAAAAACAUUUCAAGGGAUAUAUGUCUGCAUAUCUGUAUUUGUGUGUGUAUAUAGGUGUAUGCAUACACAGAUGCAUUUGUGUAUAUAUAAUGAAAUAUAUGUUGAUUGUUUUUUGAAAUUUAAAGUGAUCAAGAAUCAUUAGAUUAAUUCAGUUUAUUUUCACUUUUUGUUGGUAACCAUAUGCUCAAAAUUACAUUGACUAAUGUAGGUUUCAUGGAGAACACAGUUGAUCAUUUAAAGUACAUGUUGUAACAUCAUACAGUUAUCAUUCAGGUAGAAAAUGGAGAACAUUUCAUCUAAAGUCCUCCUCAGUGGGUUCUUUCGUGUGACUUUCAGUGGUAGAGGAUUUAUGCAGGUUUUCAUGAAUC